UGCUUCCCUGGACAGGCAGCCGAGGCUCUACAGCAUCGGAGAGCGAGCGAGCAAGCAAGCAUCCCCAUGGAGUCGCUGGUGCUCCCGUAGAGCUGCCGGCAGCAGCUCCUGCCACAAGCUCCUGGGCGCUAGGACGUGUGUGCUCACAGAGAGUUAUGUCAUGCCCAGACCACCAAAGGGCUCCAUGAGGAUUUAUGGAAGAUGCCCCGUGUCUUGGCGCCUCUGGUGCUCCUUCUGCUGUGGCUGAUGAGGAUCGCUGCCAGCCCCCAUUCCCUGAGGAUCGCUGCCAUCCUGGAUGACCCCAUGGAGUGCAGCAGAGGGGAGAGGCUCUCCAUCACGCUGGCCAAGAACCGCAUCAACCGUGCACCCGAGCGGGUGGGGAAAGCCAAAGUGGAGGUGGACAUCUUUGAGCUGCUGCGAGACAGCGAGUAUGAGACAGCGGAAACCAUGUGUCAGAUUCUCCCCAAAGGAGUGGUGGGUGUCCUGGGACCUUCCUCGAGCCCAGCCUCGAGCUCUAUUAUCAGCAAUAUCUGUGGGGAGAAAGAGGUUCCUCACUUCAAAGUGGCACCGGAGGAAUUCCUGAAGCUGCAGCUCCAGCGGUUCACCACCCUCAACCUCCAUCCCAGCAACACCGAUAUCAGCGUGGCCGUGGCAGGAAUCCUGAAUUUCUUUAACUGCACCACUGCCUGCCUCAUCUGUGCCAAAGCUGAAUGCCUUUUAAACCUCGAGAAGUUGCUUCGGCAGUUCCUCAUUUCCAAGGACACUCUCUCGGUCCGGAUGCUGGAUGACAGCCGGGAUCCUACCCCUCUCCUAAAAGAGAUCCGAGAUGACAAAACAGCAACCAUCAUCGUACACGCCAAUGCUUCCAUGUCUCAUACCAUUCUGCGGAAGGCAGCUGAACUGGGAAUGGCGUCUGCCUAUUACACGUAUAUCUUCACUAAUCUGGAGUUUUCCCUCCAGCGCCUGGACAACCUGCUCGACGACCGAGUCAACAUCCUGGGGUUUUCCAUUUUCAACCAGUCUCAUGCUUUCUUCCAAGAGUUUGUCCAGAGCCUCAACCAGUCCUGGCAGGAGAACUGUGAUCACGCUCCUUUCACUGGACCAGCACUCUCGUCGGCCCUGCUGUUCGAUGCUGUGUACGCUGUGGUGACCGCCGUGCAGGAGCUGAACCGGAGCCAGGAGAUCGGGGUGAAGCCCCUGUCCUGUGGGUCUGCCCAGAUCUGGCAGCACGGCACCAGCCUGAUGAACUACCUGAGAAUGGUAGAAUUGGAAGGUCUCACCGGCCACAUCGAAUUCAACAGCAAAGGCCAGAGGUCCAACUAUGCCCUGAAGAUCCUGCAGCACACACGCAGAGGCUUCCGGCAGAUCGGCCACUGGCACGUUUCUGAAGGACUCAGCAUGGACAACAGGAUCUUCUCCUCCAACAUAUCAGACAGUCUGUUCAACACCACGCUCAUUGUCACCACCAUCCUGGAAAACCCUUACUUAAUGCUGAAGUGGAACCAUCAAGAGCUGGAAGGCAACGACCGCUAUGAGGGCUUCUGCGUGGACAUGCUGAAGGAGCUGGCAGAGAUCCUGCGUUUCAACUAUAAGAUCCACCUCGUUGGUGAUGGUGUAUAUGGAGUCCCCGAGGCAAACGGCACGUGGACAGGGAUGGUCGGGGAGCUCAUUGCUCGGAAAGCCGAUCUGGCCGUGGCGGGGCUGACCAUAACCGCAGAGCGGGAGAAGGUGAUUGAUUUCUCGAAGCCAUUCAUGACUUUGGGAAUUAGCAUUCUCUACCGAGUUCAUAUGGGCCGCAAACCUGGCUAUUUCUCAUUCCUGGAUCCCUUUUCCCCUGGUGUCUGGCUCUUCAUGCUGCUCGCCUACCUGGCCGUCAGCUGUGUCCUAUUCUUGGUUGCUCGGUUGACACCCUAUGAGUGGUACAGCCCCCACCCCUGCUCACAAGGUAGAUGCAAUCUUCUCGUGAAUCAGUACUCUCUGGGCAACAGCUUGUGGUUUCCAGUCGGGGGAUUCAUGCAGCAGGGCUCCACCAUUGCCCCCCAAGCAUUAUCCACCCGCUGCGUCAGUGGAGUGUGGUGGGCAUUCACCUUGAUCAUCAUCUCCUCCUACACUGCCAAUCUGGCAGCCUUCCUCACCGUGCAGCGGAUGGAUGUCCCCAUCGAAUCCGUGGAUGACCUGGCUGACCAGACAGCCAUCGAGUACGGCACCAUUCACGGCGGCUCCAGCAUGACCUUCUUCCAAAACUCCCGCUACCAGACGUACCAGCGGAUGUGGAACUACAUGUACUCCAAGCAGCCCAGCGUCUUUGUGAAGAGCACGGAGGAAGGGAUCGCGCGCGUGCUGAACUCCAAUUACGCCUUCCUGCUCGAGUCCACCAUGAACGAGUAUUAUCGUCAGCGCAAUUGCAACCUCACGCAGGUCGGGGGCCUUCUGGACACCAAGGGCUACGGGAUUGGCAUGCCCGUCGGCUCUGUGUUUCGUGAUGAGUUUGACCUGGCCAUUCUCCAGUUGCAAGAGAACAACCGGUUGGAAAUCCUCAAGAGGAAGUGGUGGGAAGGAGGCAAGUGCCCCAAAGAGGAGGACCACAGAGCCAAAGGCCUGGGAAUGGAGAACAUCGGCGGAAUCUUUGUGGUGCUCAUCUGUGGCUUAAUCGUAGCAAUUUUUAUGGCAAUGCUGGAAUUUUUGUGGAGCCUUCGUCACUCUGAACAAUCAGAGGUGUCGGUGUGCCAAGAAAUGGUGACGGAGCUGCGCAACAUCAUCCUCUGCAAGGACAGUUUCCACCCUCGUCGGAGGCGAGGGGGAAUGAUACGGACUCGCCCCGUUCUCCCGGAGGAGCGCCGAGCCCGCAGCACAACCACGCUCAGCAAUGGGAAGCUGUGCAGUGGGGGGGAGCCAGACCCCCUGGCACAAAGACUGGCUCAAGAAGCCGCCCUGGUCGCCCGAGGGUGCACGCACAUCCGCGUGUGCCCCGAGUGCCGCAGGUUUCAGGGGCUCCGGGCACGGCCGUCUCCGGGCUCGCCCGCACGGAGCGAGGAGAGCUUGGAGUGGGAGAAGACCACCAACAGCAGCGAGCCUGAGUAACGCUGGGGCAGGGGGCGUUGGGGUGGGACGAGGGGGUCCUGUUCCAUUUUACAGAACAUGGACUUGUACAAUGUCAACUCGUUUUUAAACUCAAAGCAGUUACCCAGCUUCUCCAGAGCAAGGUGGACCUUUGGGCUGAUGCGCAGGCCUGUCCAGAGGGUCAGCUUUGGUUUAGGUGUCCCGAGAGGACGCGUGUACCGCUGAAGGGCUGAUGCAGCAGGAGCGAGGUCCUCUGCCUGGCCUGUCCGCAGCAGUUGUCUCCGUGCCACCGUGCGGCCCCGAGGUGGGAAGGAUGGACGUGGUGGGUAACUGGUGUAGCAGAUGUUGCCCAUAGAGGGGCAAGAAUGGUUCUUUAAGCUUCUCCACCCCAGGCCGGGAAGAAGGAUGCUGGCGCUGUCUCCCCAUCACAUAGACUUACCAGGGGAUGUUCUCAAAGGGCAGGGAGGGGGGUGUCUUUUUAUUUGAUGUGGAUAAGGGAUGGGAAGAGAGGAGUCGUUCUUUUGUUUUGGUUUAUUUUGGGUACGUCAGGACCUAGUCUGCAAGGCACCAGGUUUCAGGUGCUGAAAUCUUCCUUUUCAGAGUAUGUGGGAUGGACUGAGGGAGGAAGGGAAGGAUGGGAUGGGACAAGACCCCCAUGAGAAGCAGCUUUUACUGAGAGUCCGAGGAGUUGUUUAAAAUGCAUAAAUAUAUAUAUAAAUAUAUAUAUACAUAGAUAUAUAUAUAUUAAGAUGCCAAAAACCAACCAACCAACACAGUGAACUUAAAGAGGCCUUGAAACGCCUGGAAUUUCAGGGGUCCUGUGUCUUUUGUUUAGUUCUGGGGUUAUCUUUUUGCUUUUUCCUUCCUGCUUUUGGGAUCCGGUGGGGGGAGCCUUUUGAGGAAGGUGAGGUGGGACCUUCCUGCCAUAAGGGAGGUGAUAUUUGC